GAAAUCAUUCCAGUUGCGUAUCCUGCUGGUGACACAGCAGCGGACUGAAUCUUCGAACUUCUUCCUUCGUACCUGACUACCAAGCACCACCGAUCCACCGAGGAUGAGACUGCGGCUUAGCGUUCUGCUCCUUCUGCUCCACCUUGGCUGUUUAACUGUGGCAUGGGCCAGCAGCAGGCACUCCUGUGGCACUGACAUUUGCACUGAUGGCCGCUGGGAUGGCCAUCAACGCCAGGACGACUACGAUGAGCACAUGGUUUACAGACAAGGCGCGGCGGAGAGUCGGAGGAGAGUCCGCGUUGAGUCAGUGGCGCGCGAUGAUCGUGGCAACGAAAGGCGCGAGGAAACAAGGGUUCGUUUGGACUCAUCCCUGCGACUGGAGGCUCGCGAAGAUCGUGAUGAGCGACGUGAAGCUCGGGAAGAGCGGGAGCAGCGUCGUGAAACCCCUGAAGCUCGAAUGGACCGACGUGAAGCUCGCGAAGAUCGAGUAGACCGACGGGAAUCUCGUGAAGAUCAACUGGAGGUUCGCGAAGCGCGUGAUGAGCGACGUGAAACCCGAGAAGCGCGUGAUGAGCGACGUGAAACCCGGGAAGAGCGAGUGCAGCCACGUGAAGCUCGUGAAGAUCGAGUAGACAGACGUGAAUCUCGUGAAGAUCGAGUGGAGGAGGGUCGUGAAGAUCGAGUGGAGGGUCGUGAAGCUCGCGUCGAACGCGCUGAGCAGCGCGAUGCUCGUGACAAUCAAGUUGAGCACCGUCAAAUUCGUGAGAACCGAGAACAGCGUCGUGAAACUCGAGAACAACGAGUGGAGCAACGCGACGUCCGCGAGGAACGUGUUGAGCGACGUGAUGCUGACGAGGAGCAACGAGACACUCGUGAGGCUCGCAAUCAGCCUCGUGAAGCACGUGAGGAACUGGUGGAGCGACGUGAGGAGCGCGAAUCGGACAGGCGUGACUACGAAGCUCGACGAGUAGCAGGGAACGAAAGACGACUCGAACGCCGAGUAGAACGUGAGAUGUCCAGACGUGAGGAACGCGUUAAUCGUCGUGACGACGGAGCUAGUCUAGACAGGCAAUUGUCCCGACGCAUGGAGCGUGAGCAACAAGAGCGAGACCCUGAGCAACGAAACGAACGGGAUAAUCUUCGACGAGCAGAAGAGCGGCGUGUUGAACGACGCGACGAGCGAGAGAACCGAGUACGAUUUGUUUUGGAUGACAACUCUCGACGAAGCGAAGACCGCAAGGAUGAGCGUGACAAUGAACGCAUGGUACAGCGACGGGAAGAGCGAGACUCAUCUAGGCGUGUAGAGCAAGAGGAAGAUCGCGACAGGAUCAACCAGCGCCGAGAGGACAGAGAAGUCGUUCGCCGUGCAGAACAAGAAUCCUUCCGUCGAUUCGACUUGCGAAGAGUGCAGGUAGACGAUAUUCGUGAUGUGGAACGAAGGUUGGAGAGCAAUAUUAAUCGUAGAGAAGACCGUGAAGUUGAACGUAGGGAGGCACGUGCAGCCGAGCGCAGGAUGGAGCGCGUCGAAGGAGAAGUGCGGGCGGAAGAACGGGAGGAAUCCCGACGAGUUGAGCGAAGAGAAGUUCAACGGCGAGUAGCUGGAGACGAUUUCCGAACUAACGAGCGGCGUGAGGAGCGAGAAGACACACGUCGAGUGGAGCGUGAAGGUCUGCGAAGAGAGGAACGAGAAGUUGAACGAGACGAGGAUCGUCGGGAGGAGCGAGAAGGUCUGCGCAGAGGGGAACGAGAAGUUGAACGAGACGAGGGGCGUCGUGUGAUGCGCCGAGUGAUGCGCGAAGGUUUGCGAAGAGAGGAACGCGACGAGGAGCGUCGAGUGAUGCGCGAUGGUCUGCGAAGAGAGGAACGAGAAGUUGAACGAGACGAGGAGCGGCGAGUGGAAAGCGUCGAUACCCGACGAGAUGAUCUUCGCAGGGAAGAACGAGAAAAUCAGAGGGAAGAUCUUCGCCGAGAAGUACAGCGCCGUGAGGAACGGGUAGACCGUGAACGUGUUGAACGGCAGCUUUCCAGGCGAGAGAUUCGUGAGCCAUUGGAAGAGCGUGUACUGCUCACCAGCCAAGUGAAAUCCAAAGGCUGGUUGAGCUAUGGCAAACGGGAACUGCUGAUGACCGGGCAGAUCCUCCUCCUGGCCGCUCUCUACAAGAAGUCCACGGCCGGCGGCAAGGGCUUUGGCCACGCGCUGAGUGAGCAGAUCCAGGGCUACUUGCAGGCCAUUGGAUGCUAGGAUGCACAAAGGAAAUCGACAUCGACGGCCCUCCCCAAAUGAGCAAACGGAUAUGGAUCAAGGAAAACAGCAUUACUACCCACAGAAAAUGCAAACGGACCCGACAGCGAGCUACAAGCAGAGGGAGGGGAUGGAAUGGGAUGGGAUACUCCGCCGGAGCAUUGUACAAUUUAAUCCAACUGUUACUGUAACCAACAAACCUUUCCCCUUUCCUGUUGUAGCCAACAAAAGCAUAACGAAAAUAUAUGAUGGGAUGCUCGAGUAGCCGAGCAUCUGCAAACUGCAUUGCAA